AUGAAAGCAUACGCCAUUGCCCUCAUAGUUUGUUCCUCUGUGAUUGCAGCUUUGAUCCUAUUAUGUUGUUUCUUAAAAAAUAGGUUUAAAAAGAAGCCAAAAACGGUAUUUGCCCCCGCCACUACAACCACCAAUUAUAGGCCUCCUCCUUCCCGUCCGGUCGAAAGGGAUGUUGAGAAGGGACUAGACAAGCCAAAAACAAGCCGCACCAAGGAUGGUGGCAUGCUUAUUUUGGCCGGGGCUGGUGCUGCCGUAGCUGCUGCAGCCGUAACAACAGCUGUUGUCACUAGCAGCAGCGGUUAUGAUGGAGGCGGCGGCGGUGGGGAUGGAGGCGGCGGUGGUGGUUGUGGAGGUGGGUGUGGAGGUGGUGGUUGUGGAGGUGGGUGCGGAGGAUGA